AAUAGUACCUUCUGUUUUGCGAGUAGUGAAGGUGUUCUAUUAUCCUUAUUCCUAAAUUAAAGGACACGAACUGCUUGGAAAAAUUAUAUUCGUCAACGAUAAGCCUUAAUCGAAUUAAUUUUUUUAUGAUGGAGAUCCUAAUGUACACAUGAUAAAUUAAAACCUGUGCUAUUUUUGUCCCAGGUACUGACCACACAGACGUAUAAUUUACCAUCCAUAUAUUUAUGCUACUAAAAUUUACACAAAUUCAAUCAUCGAGAGCUUUGUUAAUUUAUUUUUGUUUGCUGACAUGGAUUAAAAUCGAUUCUUCAGGAAUUAAGACCAAUCACACUUAAACUAAUUCUUGGACAUGGAAGUUAUCCGAAUUUGGUGUGUUGUUUUCUUCUUUCAGCUCUAUGCUUCUGUAGGAUUUUCGUAUCUCCUGGACGACCUCGUGACCGCGGUGUUUCAGUCCUAUAAGAAGGAGGUGCGGCCGUACUGUGACGACACACGGGACUCCUCCCCUGUAGUGGUCACUAUUGACCUGGGGGUCAGACAGCUGGUAGAUCUGAAUGAGCCUAAGCAGACGAUUGACGUGACGGCAUGGAUGAGAGUGGAUUGGGUCGACUGCAGGUUAAGGUGGAAUAAGUCGCACUAUAGCGGAAUAGGCAGGCUGGCUGUCCCUCAGGACAAAAUCUGGAUUCCCGAUCUCACUCUCUACGACACAACUGACGUGAAGGGACUGCCGGGGAUGAAGGACUAUAGAGCCGUCGUCAACAGCAAUGGCCGGGUACAGUAUCAGUUUCCCUCUAGCGUGCGGACGUCCUGUGCUAUCGACGUCUAUCACUUUCCGUUUGAUACCCAGGAAUGUCGUCUGGUGUUCGGGUCGUGGAUCUACACCGGCGCAGAGGUGCACAUCGUCAACAAAAGUUCCACCCUGGAUAUGUCUAGUUACGUCAACAACACGGAAUGGGACGUCACGAGAGCAGACGCCACCAGUGUUGUUACGUAUUACAGUAACGUGUCCUAUCCAACGAUGGAGUGUAUCUUGGGGUUAAGGAGGAAACCUUUGUUCUACGUCAUGAACCUGCUAUUCCCGUGUUUCUUGGUGUCCUUUAUGGCCGGUCUUGGCUUUAUCCUGCCACCUGAGGCCGGAGAGAAGGUCAAUCUGGAGAUCACUGUCCUUCUAUCCCUGGCAGUUUUCCAGCUGGUCAUCGUAAACAUGAUUCCCGCAUCAGGAGAAAAUCCACCUUUAUUAGCUAUUUACUUCCUGGUGUCGAUGAUCUUGGUUGGUCUGUCCUGUCUGAUGACAGUGUUAGUUCUCAACAUACAUUACAAGAAGAGCGGUCACGUGUCCUCAACAGUUAGGAAAUACGUCAUCAGGCCAUUGCAGACGAUUGCUUGUGUACAUGCGCAGUACGACCACGAUAAAAACGAUAACUUGUACAUCGAACGUUAUAAAAGAAAAGGAAACAUUUUCCAUUUUCCUUACCCAGAAGAAAGUAAGCGGCGUCGAUAUAUAGACAAUGAAAGCCAAAAACAACAGCAGCCUCUUACUGUGGGGUUUGAGGGACAAUUACUGGAAAUAUUGAAGGAAAUCAGGGAGUGUAGUGCCUCUAUCCUCGCCAAACAGGAGAGGGAACCAGAGAGUCUUGACUGGUCCUCUGUCGCCGUGGCCCUAGACAGAGUGUUCUUUGUUGUUUACCUGUUGUUCAGUAUUGUUGUCUCUCUCUCCAUUAUGCUGCAGGCAGCAUUGGGGAAUUAAAAGUAGACUGUGCCAUAAUCAUUGUGGAAAUCUCUAGAGAGACAAUGCGCCACGAAACGAGG